AUGCCUCCCAAGAAGUCCAACCGCCGCGUGGUCGUCUUUCGUUCAGAAGACGAUUCUCAAGUAGAUCAAACCGUGCCUACUCCUCCUAGUACGCCACCUCCUGCAGCGGAACCUGCACCCGCACCUGCACCUCAGUUCAAUCGUUUCAACAUUGAUGAUCCCUAUGAUUCUGAUGACCCCGUGGUGGUUACCGCCCGUCAGGCCUACAUCAACUCCCCCGAUUCUGAUACUGAAUCAGGACCUUCUGCUCCUAAACGUAAGCGGGAGGACGUAGAACAAGAAGAACGUGAAGUUGGUCAGGACGACCCUGAAGCCAUUACCGUUGAGGACAGUCAGGACGAAACCUUGGUAAAAAAAACAACCAGCCUCUCCCAAAAAGCCAAACCUACCCUUCAAGAAGAAGAAGACGCUAAAUGGUACACCCAUCCCAAGACCCACAAGCGCUACCUCAUCCACAGCCCUGAUACUCCCAAGGAAAUAGCAGACGACAUCAACCGUGGCAUUGGCAAAGUCAUGGUCACCAACCAUGGCAUCCUACGACGCAUGAGCUAUCUCCAUGCUUGGAAUACCUAUACCUUUGGCAUGGUCAAUCCCAACAAUGGGCCUCACAUUCACUCUGGUGACUCCAGCCUCAUUGAAGCUUACGCUCAAUGGAAAAUCAAGGUUUCCAAAGAUGCCCUCCGCACAUACGAACAAAAAGAAGAACAGCGCAAAGUAGAAGAACACAAGCAACAACGCAAAAAAUACAUGGAGGAAAGUCGUGACCGAUGGAUGGCAUCUAAUGGUCAUGCUUGUGUUUGUUCCUUUAACACCUGUACUUGUAAAUGUCAYGAAUAUCCCACCUAUUAAAAAAACUU